GUGCGGGCGUGUUUUCGGCAAAGUGUUGUGGUGUAUAAAUAAUUGUUAGUGCUGCUGUUGCGAUUUAUUGUUUAUAAUGUUUGUGCAAACUGUAGCAACAACAACUAACACUGUAUUAAUAAACAUAACGAAUCAAACGAAUAUAACGAUCAAAGCAAAUCAACUAAGCUAAAAGCAAAAAGUUUGCGCUUAAGACGUUGGAACGAGGCAACAAUUGACUGCAAGCUGUACGAGUGAAGUUUAAUAGAGAGAAUUUAAGACACACACACACACAAAUAUAUAAAUACAUAUAAACCAGGACAACAUGGUUGACUAUUAUAAAGUAUUGGAUGUGGCACGCACUGCCACCGAUGGUGAAGUCAAAAAAGCCUAUCGAAAGUUGGCGCUCAAAUGGCAUCCGGACAAGAAUCCCGAUAAUCUGGAGGAGGCCAACAAGCGUUUUCGUGAACUCUCCGAGGCCUACGAAGUGCUGUCUGAUGCGCGCAAGCGUCGCAUCUACGAUGCUCGUGCCACGCUGCAUAAAUCUUCAGCGCAUAGCAGCAGCAGCAGCACUGGUAGCGCCAGCAACGGCUACUAUUCCCGUUAUCGGAGCGGCAAUGGCUCUAGCUACUCCUCCGCAACGGGUCGUGACUUUGACUAUGAUUAUUAUCCCAGCAGCAAGCGAGGGAAUCGCUAUCAGGCGUUCACCUUCCGCAAUUUAUUCGAGGGCACGCCGUUUCACAAACUUUUUGAAAAGAAACGCCGCAUUUAUGAUGAAUACGGCAAGGAUGGUCUAGGAGAUCGCGCGCAGAGUCGCUCGCAUGCACGUCAUCAUUAUACACAGGACUUUGAUGACUUUGACAUUAUGGGCGGCUUUCCGUUUGUCUUCCGACCACCCGAGGAGGUAUUCCGCGAAUUCUUUGGCGUCAAUUCGCCCUUUGCCGACUUCUUCAGAGAUGUCAAUGGAUAUCCACAGUCAAAUGGCGCUACGAGCAGCAGUCGACGUCAUGGUGGCAGCGGCGCUGGCAUUGGCGCUACACGACAUCAUCAUCAUCAGCACAAAUUGGCGAGUCCCUUUGGGGCGCCCAUGCUCAACUAUCCAAUGAUGGACUUUUUUAUGCCCAGCAGCGGUUUCACCUCCUUCUCAACCAGCAACAGCUUCGGCGGUGGCGGUGGCGGCGGUCUACACACCAAUGGCGCCUGCAAGCGCACCUCCACCUCAACUGUGUUUGUCAACGGCAAAAAAUUGAUGACCAAGCGCGUCGUCGAAAAUGGCAAGGAAACUGUUUUCUCAUAUGAAAACGAUGUCCUCAAAUCAAAGACUGUGAAUGGAGUGUCCCAAAAGCUCUCUUCAAUAGCGAAUUAAACAAAAACAAAAUACACGGAAUACAAUAAACAAACAAACAAAAAAACACAGCUAAAAUUAUAUAUGUUAAGCAACUGAAAAGCAAAUCCUUUUCCUACAACUGAACAGCAGCAACAAACACAACCACAACAACUGCAACUACAACAAAAAGCAAAAGUCAUAAAAUUCAAUUAUGCAAAUGGAAAAUACACGCAACAAAGAUAAAUCCUAUGAGAAGAGUAUGCUUACUUCGAUAUAAUAUGUUACAAGGAAAUUGUUCUACAUUAGAAUUUAGUUUGCAAUGGUGGAAACGUUUGAACGGAGCAGCAACAGGCAACAGCAGCAAGAAGUGGACCAACAGCAACAACAACUAAAAAUGGCAAUCAAUAAAAAUUGCAUUUGAUAGUGCUAUUUUGAAAAUUCUGUAUUAUGCAGUCAUAAAUUUCUUGUCAAGAGUUUCGAAAACAAAUGCCAAACAACACGUAAAGCAACAAGAACAACACAAAACAAAAAAGCAAA